AUGCUUGCUGGACUCGUGUCAGUGCUGAUGAAGUUCAGAGAGAACCGUGUGGCGAUUGUCGGCGACAUACGCGAAAUGUUCCACCAGGUGGCCAUCAAGGAAAAGGAUCAACGAAGCCAAAUGAUCCUGUGGGACGGCGAAGACCCCGAUGCCGGACCGGCAAUUUACGUCGUGACCGUGAUGACGUUCGGAGCAGCGUGUUCACCUAGCAGUGCACAACACGUAAAAAACGUGAACGCAGGACGAUUUGCAACAGAAUACCCCAGGGCAGUCGAGUCCAUAGUACAUGAACACUACGUCGAUGAUAUGCUAGCCAGCGUCGAGACGGAAGAGGAAGCUAAAGAUCUGGCCGACGCGGUCCGUUACAUCCACGCGUGCGGUGGUUUCGAAAUCAGAAACUGGGUUUCGAACUCUCGGGCCGUCAUGCAACACCUGCAAGAGGAUACAAAGGGGAAAGAUAUUAGUGCGAACUAUGGUCUAUCCGCCGAAAAGGUGUUGGGAAUGUGGUGGAACACAUCAUCGGACACGUUCACAUUCCGCUUAUCCACGAGGCAUGAUCAAGAGCUUUUAUCUGAAGUUUGGCGCGGAGUCACCGGUUGGGACCAAGAGUUGAGCGACCAGACGGCAGGGAAAUGGACGGAGUGGUUACACGUGCUUCCCGAUGUCGAACUGGUGACUAUACCCCGAUGCUAUCGAUGUAUAUCCUCCACAGAUGCCAACGUUGAGCUGCACGUCUUUUGUGAUGCGAGUGAGAAGGGUAUGGCAGCAGUUGCUUACUUCCGUUUCGAGGAAGGAAGGGAUAUGCAUAUCGAAUGCGCUCUGGUAGGAUCGAAAACGCGCGUGGUGCCGCUUAAAUUUUUAUACAUCCCCAGACUGGAGCUGCAGGCCGCGGUCAUCGGUGCAAGGCUAGCGAAAACCAUAUCGCAAAAUCAUAGACUGUCGAUCGGACGAACCAUCUUCUGGACUGACUCUAAGAACGUCCUGAGUUGGCUUAACUCAGACCACAGGCACUACAACCAAUUUGUAGCAUUCCGUAUAGGAGAGCUGCUAGAAAGAACCAAUCUGGAUCAAUGGCGAUGGGUCCCAACCAAGCUGAACGUAGCAGACGAGGGCACAAAAUGGAGCAAACGACCAGACCUGUCAGCGCAAGGGCGGUGGUUCCGUGGGCCGUCGUUCCUUUGGGAGCCGGAAAGCGCCUGGCCAAAUCAAGAAGGGGUACCACAACGUACCAGUGAAGAGCUGCGGAAAGGAAUGAACCAUCAACUAGCAGAGAGGCCGCUAAUUCAUUUGGAACGGUUUUCCAGAUGGAACCGAGCGCUGAGGGCUAUGGCGUUUGUGACGCGCUUCAUAACAAACAUGCGUCAUCUAGUUAAGAAGGAGCUGAAAGAGAACGGGCCGCUGACGCAGGACGAGCUAGCGGAGGCGGAGCGUAUAUUAAUACGAUUCAUACAGCAGAAGGCGUAUCGUGGUGAGAUGCAACAGCUGAAAAAUCGGGAGCUGAUAAAGCAUCCGUGGAAGAAGAGGAUCAACAAAGGCAGCAGUCUAUACAAACUAUCGCCCACUUUAGACGACCAUGGGAUUCUAAGAGUGGGGGGACGGCUAACCGAGUGCGUGAGAAUCAGCGAACCUUCCCGCAAUCCUAUAAUCCUUCCUAGGAAGGAGUACGGAACCGAUCUCUUGAUGCAAGCGUACCACGCCAGGUACAAACACGUGAAUCACGGUACAGCUUUGGCUGCACUAAGGAUGCGAUACUACAUCCCGAAAAUCCUGGGGGAAUACCGUCGCAUAAGGAUAAGCUGCCAGAAAUGCAAGGUGGACAACGCGCGCCCGGGACCACCUUUAAUGGGUAAUUUACCGCUUCAUCGGGUCGCAGUGGGUCAGAAUGCUUUCUCGUUCACAGGUAUAGGCUACUUUGGGCCCUUUCUAGUCGCCGUCGGACGACGGGUAGAAAAACGAUGGGGCGUCAUAUUUACCUGCCUUACGAGUCGGGCGGUCCAUCUGGAAAUAGCGGCAUCCCUUAACACCGCCUCGUGUAUCCUAGCCAUCCGACGCUUCAUCGCUAGACGUGGAGCCCCGCUCGAAAUCAUCAGCGACCGAGGGACUAAUUUCCUGGGUGCUUCGCGAGAGUUGGACGAAGCAGCGCAGGAGAUCGACCACGACGUAAUGAUGACGGUAUUUUGCGGACCGCAAACAAAAUGGAGCUUCAACACCCCCGGGGCUCCCCACUUUGGCGGCUGCUGGGAACGCUUAGUGCGCUCGGUGAAGAAGGUGCUGAAUCAGUUCGUGUUUCCUAAAAGACCAACGGACGAAAUUUUGGCAUCAACCUUUGCGGAAAUCGAGCUGAUACUGAACUCGAGGCCACUUACCUACGUGCCGCUGGAUGACGAGAUGACGGAGCCUAUGACGCCGAACCUAUUGCUACUUGGGACUCCAGACGGAAGUAUGCCGCCGGCUGUGUUCUGCGACAGCCCCGCGGCUCUAAAAUCGUCCUGGAAGAUGGCACAGCUCGCGGCGGAUGUGUUCUGGAAGAAAUGUUAUAUCGGUAGUGGUGGCUAA